CAUGUUGUUGUUUUAUUUUCGGGGCAGCGGCAGAGUUUCCAGCUGCUUGUCGCUGUCUGCGGACACGGCGGUCAGUUUCAGAAAGGGUGGCACUGCUUAAAUCCCGUUAUUUGGAAUACAACUGAGCUCCAAGUCACUGCAAAAGUUACCGGACAACCAGAGCUACCGUCGGGUGAGGUGAAGAUGGUGGACCGGCUUGCGAACAGCGAGGCCAACUCCAAGCGGAUUGCAGUGGUGGAGAGCUGCUUUGGUGCUGCAGGCCAGCCGCUGGCCAUCCCGGGCCGCGUGCUGAUCGGCGAGGGCGUCCUCACCAAACUCUGCCGCAAGAAGCCCAAGGCGCGACAGUUCUUCCUCUUCAAUGACAUCCUGGUCUACGGCAACAUUGUCAUUCAGAAGAAGAAGUACAACAAGCAGCACAUCAUUCCUCUGGAGAGCGUCACCAUCGACACGGUGCCGGACGAGGGCGACCUGCGCAACGGCUGGCUCAUCAAGACACCCACCAAAUCGUUCGCCGUCUACGCUGCCACCGCCACCGAAAAGUCCGAGUGGAUGAACCACAUAGGGAAAUGUGUCGGAGACUUGUUGCAGAAGAGCGGAAAGUCUCCGACGGGCGAGCAUGCGGCCGUGUGGGUGCCCGACUCGGAAGCGUCCGUGUGCAUGCGCUGCCAGAAGGUGAAGUUUACGCCCGUCAGCCGCCGUCACCACUGCAGAAAGUGUGGCUUCGUGGUCUGCGGGCCGUGCUCGGAGAAGAAGUACCUCCUUCCCAGUCAGUCGUCCAAACCCGUUCGUGUCUGCGAGUAUUGCUACUUGCAGCUGACGUCAGGAAGCCUCGGGCCCCGCUCAGACUCCAUCAGCCGGCCGGGGUCAAAAUUCAACAACCUGUCAGACGAUGAAGACGAAGACGACAGCAGUGACUGAGGAAUGCCCGAUCCUCCCAAUAGCGCGUCCCGUCUCUCUGUCGAGGAGGAAAUACUCUGCUGAUCAUUUUCUCAUUUUGUCUUUUUCCUCCCAGAUGAUUGAAUUCUGAUCCCCAUGACAAGAGUUCCACCUCUGAGGAUUAAUUAAUUAAUUCGAGGUGGAGCUUCAGUCCUUUCUGCAAACCAAAUGAUUUUGUUUUCUCUUUAGUUCCAGCAGGGAUGAAUAUUUUCCUGAACACAAUGAUUAAUCAGUGGAAUGUGGAAUUAACUGCAUGACCAGCAGAGCUCUGGGAUGAAGUCUGACUGUUCGUCAUCGCCUUUGAGUCCGCCCUUCUCUCUUGCCUCUUAAUUAGGCUGCAAUUAGUCACUACAGAAAACAGCGGUGCUAAUGAGAAACUUCCACUCUGUUAUAAUUUAGUUUCUUCUAAUUUUUUUCCCCUUUUUCUUUUUUUAUGUUCUGUCCAUGAACUAAAACAAGGUAAUUUCUGCAGGGAAAAGCAAAUGUCUGUCCUGCAGGUAUUAUUCCAAACAGGACUUUAUUGUAACAGAAUUCUGGCAUUUUUGUUGCCCUACUUUGUAAAUUUAUCUCUAACAAAAUGCUAAAACCCUCUUUUCUAAAUAACAAAAUGUAGAUAUUACGCUAAACCAAUAGCUUUUCUAAAUGACCUAAUAUAGUUGCUUCUGACAAAUCAACUAAAUCUUGUCUCACGGUGAGUGUCGGUCUCUUAGCACAGUUUCCUCAGCUGACAUCCCAAAAACUAAUUCUGCUUUCUGCCUUUGCCAUCACGUAGUGCCUUGUAGAAAACUGAGCUCAGUCUUCAGUAGGGGAAAGGUUAGAAGUUAAUAAAGCCAGUCUGCAAAAAAACAGAGACUUCAUGACAGGUUGACUCUGAUGCACAUUAUGUAGGAUGGGAUUGUUUUUUGGUUUUGCGUGUCAACACCGAACAGAAGAGCAGAGUGAUUACCAGCCAGCCGACACACAGGAAGAGUUCAGUUUGGACUUUUCCUGGAGACACUUGAAAGACGCUUUAGCCAGCCAUCCAAUCUUAAAAAGGCAGGCGCUGGCUUUUAGAUUUAGCUGCUAAUAUUCUUUUUUUUAUUUUCCUUCUCAAGGAGAAUCCUGUGAGAGUUUGGUUCUGGGUUCUGCCUUGUAUUUCCACUUUGCUUUACAAAAAUACAAAACAGAAGGGAGUAUUGAUCGUGUGGGAGUUUACGUACCGAUACAUAAACAUGUGAACAGCUUGCAUUUGCCUCCAUGCAGCCUUGAAAAACAUCUAUCGUUGUAUCAAAAUGGCUCACUACAUGAAACGCAUAUGUCCAUCACUAUAAAGUGUAAACUACCAUCUCAUUCCACAAUAUUGUGAAAACAAUCCAACAAUUGGAUAAUUAGGUGUUAAAAACAUCUGAAUAUUGACUGAUCACGCCCCACGUUUUCUUGCAGUGCUUGUCCGAACACGUCCUUCAUUGUCAUGGCAUUUUUUUGUGUUGCAAACAAGCUGUUGCAUUGCACUCUCCUGAGAAUCCCUGGAUCUUAGAUUUAAUAUCACCUCAUGGGUGGAGUAUCUUGGAAACAAAAGACAUAAAGUGGCAAAGGCUGCACAUUAAGUUGUAAUUCUUAAGUUGCCAGAGUGGGAAAAAUCCUCAGGGUGGAAGAUGGAUGAAAUGGUUCCUCACACCUGGAUGGAUAUUUCUUUUAGUUGUUGGCUUGUUUAGAGGCUGUGUGAGCAACAGAGAUGUGCAAAACAUUGAUUGAGCUGUUUUAAAGGCCAAUUUCAUUUUGGUGUGGAAAAAAAAAAUUGGGAACAUCAGACAAGCUUGUAACACACAGCUUAUUCCAUCAGUGAAUGAAUGAAAUUAAAUCAAAUGCAAUAAUCAGGAAGUUUUAGGGCCUGUUUUGCAUUUUCAUUUGUUGUCGCAGGAUUAUGUGUUGCACCAUAGUCUGUGCGAUUCCUCCCUGUUCUGCUGCUGAGGUGGUUCCCUGGAAUGAAAGUGAGGAAAUCAGCAUGUUGUCUUCCUGUCAGUGACUCUGGCAUGUGCUGCUUCGAGGUCAGAUGACCACUGUGUGUCAUAAAACAAACGCACCUCCACUGAACUCUGCUUCUCUGCCAACAAAGCUAACAUGUCCUUCCUUCCCUUCCCUCGCUGUGUCGUUUGUAACUUUCUCAGCACCAGAACUUUCCAAUGAAAAGCAAGUCUGCUUGUCACAUGAUACGGUGUUUGACCCAAGUCAUGUGAUCAGUCACUGAACCAGGAACUGAAAGAGGCUGCUUGGAGGAAUUGUAACGAGCUACCUGUGGCAGCCUGUGGAGAUUUAAGGUUCAUUUACUCUGAGAUGUCAACAGUUUCAGUCAGAGUUUCUCUUCCCAGUGAGUCCUCUGAGGAGAGAACUAAUUUGCACUCAGAAACACCAAGCAUUCAUUUCCGUAUGUUUAAAAAAAGUAAUUAGUCUUCAGAGUCAGAAUGGAUCAUUUUGGAAGCCAGAACCUUUUAACAAAACUGUAAAGGAAUCAGUUUAAUAUUAAGAGUUAUGCCAGUUUGUGUGAUCACCCUGUCACAGUUUUUCCCCGCCAUUAGAAAUCUUCACUGUUCCGUUCAUUUAUUAAUGUCAGACUCAAGCUAGAACCUCUCAGACUAUCAGCAUGUUAAUGAAGCUCCCGUGUUGCUUCAGGCCUCAGGUUGGUAUUUAAAUAAAAAAACAUAAAUACACACACAUAGCAUCUUGACACAAAUCCAAUGGUCAGGAUACACAGAUGUCCUGUUUUGUUCCAGCCAAUCUCAACUAAGAAAAGCAGCAAUUUGAUCAGUUUGUCACAUCCAGGUUACCCUGCCUUAAAGGUGUUCAGUCCAGAAAAGCUUUGUGUUUGAGGUUUGACAAAAUCCAAAACACUGCACAAAGGUUUAUAAUACUCUGAGGCAGGAUUUUACAGCCCUUGAAAGGAUUAUAUUGUCAUCAUGAUGGUUGCUAGGUAAAAAGUAAAACUCCAUUACAAAGUAAUCUUACAGAUAUGUGUGUUUGUGUAUUUAAUUGAACUCGAUUCCUUGCUGGACGAUGUCACCUUGUAUUGAAGCAAAAGAGCCAGGUUCAACUUUUCUUUCUUUUUUUAUUUUUUUUUACUAAAGUCCCCUGGCUAAUAUUAAUAAGCGUAAAGUGGAAACAGCACAGCAGCAGCAGCAGCAGCCCUAUCUCCUUGUCUGCCUUUGUGUAAACAGUUGAAGUGAUUAUUCCUGGAGCUCAGAAGGGAAAGAACUUAUGCAGCUACCGAUGUUUAAUGUGAGCGGUUGUAAGGUCAGUACACAUGGAAUACUGAGUUCAUAAAAUGCAUCUGUUCAGUCAGACAAACAUGGAAAAUGGUGACUGAAACACCUGUGGUUGGUGUAACACAGAUUCGAUUUGGUCGUUGUGGCCUGUUAAAGACCACUGUUCUCUGGGUUUGUCCUCAUUUUUUUCCCUCAGUUUAAAUGGAGGACGCUGUAUGCUUUGGGUCUUUGGAAUGAAAAUUCUCAGAGGUGUGUUGUUUUAUACAACAGUAAAAGUCAUGAGUUAAGACUGGAAACUGAAACCUCUGAAAUGUCUUUAACUUUAUCUGAAAUGGAAAAAAAAAGGGGGGGGGGGGGGCAAGUUUUAGCUGCUUCUGAAAGAGCUUAACCUUUACAAGUGACACCGCUAUGAGUGUCCCUAGAUGAUUAUCUACAUUUUGACUACAAACAGGCAGAGCAUUAUUUUUCUACAGUCAGUUAUGUGCAUUUUUUGACGAGGGUAUGUUUAUAUAAAGCAACGCCUCGUCUAUAGUGCAACGCAGCAGAACAGGCAGAAGAAAGGGAUCAUUUUCUUUUUGUCUGUAGAUUUUACAGACUCAAGUUGUUGUUAGAGCUUAUGCUGCUGCAGUAAAGGCAACCUAAGUGAUUAGGGAAGUUAACAUGUUAAUGAUCACUAACCAGCUGUCCUUUAUACUCACUGUGGCUGAGGUGCUGACGGAGAAGACGACUUUACCGUCAAACCCGGAAGCACAAAGUCCGGCCUCAGGUUUGCUGUGGAUUGCACUUAACAAAGUUGGCACAUGGACUCUGAUCCAGGUUUAUACCACAUACUGUCAGUUCCACAGUGACUCUGUUGGGUGUUUUAAAAUGAAUCUUCAUGUUGUUUUAAUCCUGUUGAUUUUUGUACAUUUGUACAGAUUUGUUUUGGGUUAUUGUGCUUUUGUUGUACAGUUCUAAUCAGUUCUGAAAUGACGCUGUCUCAGGUGUCCCUGUGCUCAGCCCUCCUCCUCUUCCUCCUGUCAGUACAUCUCAGCAGCAUCUGCAGCUUUUUAACACACCUCACAAUUAUAAAAUAGGCAGGAAAUUGUCUCAAUGACUUCGUCACAGCAGCAGGUUUAUUCCUGAUAUGACAUUUACCAAGCAUUAACUACAUCUAUUUUAUUUUUAAUCCUCUGUUCUUCAGAAGGGACAGGUGUUCAGUGCAGCCAUCACCAUCAUGUGCUUAAAUGUGCACAUAAGUAACCUGGUCACACUCAGCUUUGUCCAGCCUGUUUGCCUCAGAGAACACUGAUUUCUUGGAAGAAAAGUGUUGCAGAGGCUGGAGGAAAUGACAAGUAACUCUGCUCCAAUUUAUUGUAUGUUGUUGUUUUCAAAUUAACUCCAUCCAAAGUCUAAUUAAAACUGAAACGGGCUCCAGGUAGCUCCAGAGGUCUAAAUCAGUCGAACCUUCAAGAUUUCAAAUGCCACAUUUGCUCUGUAAGAAAGAAACUCAAGCUGGUCUGACACAGAUCAGACACAGCAACAAAAACAAACAGGAAAACCGAUCGGAUAAAUAACUAAUGCUCCCAAAAUAGCCUCAGGGGUAGAAGAGAAAUCUGAUUACUGUCUUACCACAUACUUACGCAGAUUUGCACAGAAUGUGAGCGCGUUCUCAGAUUACCUGCCAAACCUGGUUUCUCUGAGUCAUCUGGUAACUUGAGUGCAUAUAGAGACAUGAUUUGUCUUCCAACGGUUGAAUGAACCUGCUGCAGUCUGAUCAUGUUUGAGAAGCAGGAUUUGACACAUGGCCUGUGUUGCCAGGGCAACACUCUUAUGUUGUACACAAUCCAGCUGUUCGUGUGUUCACACUGUGAGCCACAAGGUCAACGAGUGACUCUAUUCUUGCUGAUUGUAGACUGAAGGUUUCGUUACAGCGAUGAGCUUUAAGAAAAUUAUGUAAAUGAAUCAUACAUGCAACCAGCCGAUUUUUUUUUUUUUUUUUUUUUUUUUUUUUUUAAGGAGUUGGGUGACAAAACGAGCGUAGAUAAGGUCAUGAUUUUAAAAAAAAACAUCAAAAAAAUGUUCUUCAGCUCAGAGAGUCAAUGCAAUAUUCAUGUUAGCUGCUUUUGUCUUUUACCAGAAUAGCGAUUGUUCUUGUCAGUAGCCUAGAUGUAGAGCUGGAGGCUUUAUGGUCAUGCUGAGAAUCAAUCAUUCAUCUUGUGCAGUCGUUAGUUCCAGCCCUGUGAGUCACCACACAUAUCUCCGAUUUCACAAGUUGGAAGGAUUAAAGCUGGGAGUGUCAGCAUGAUGCAAGUCCAUGAGGGUCAGAAAUGUUGCACCACAUGGACAGUACACGCUAUUUGUUGUCCAUUUACGCCGGUUUCCCGCAGAAAAUGGAACGAUAAGCAUGAAAGAGAUGACAGCUAUAAGGUGCUAAAAGCUUGUCAUCACACCGCCUGUGUUAGAUGACAGUGUGUGAAAGGAACAGAAAACAUAAUAUAAAAUAGUGUCACACUGUGAUAUGACAACAGAACUGGAGUUCAGUCUGAUUAUCAGCCAGCUUUCUGUUUGUUAACUUGGAAAUUGUCAGUUGUAGAAAGAUUGCCUUCAACUUCAGCUGCGAAGGAUUUUUAUAGUCAUUUAAACAGCAGAUCAUUUUCUUGAUAUCAAUUUAGCCUCAAAAGCAGAAUUGUAAAGUGAUUAAUAAUAGAAUUAACAGCAAAAAAAUAUGAUAAUUUAGUGAAAUGACGACAUGAAUUAAGAGUUGAGCACCGAAUGAACUAUAACAAACCAUUAAUUGUCACCCAGAGGCAAAGAUGAUCCCUUUAAAUGUCAUAUUUUGUCUUUCCAACUUUCCAAAACCAAAAAAAAUUCCGCUUACAAAGAUAUAAAAUGCAGAAGUGAAUCUCAAAUUGAUAUCAUUUAUUUUAAUUCAGCGUUUCAUGAACUGAUCUCUCUGAGCUCACAUUGUGAACACAAAGAGACCAAUCAGUGAGAGUGUCGACAUCUUCAGGUGUGACUUCAUUCAAUCAAAGAAAAGCUGCAGAUCCUGUGGUGUAAAGGAAAAAAAAACCUUUGCCUGAGGAGGCAACUUAGGACAGCUGAAAGAGAGAUCAAUGUGUAAUGUGAGCUUGGUUUUGUUGUGCGAGCCGCUCACUUGUGUCUCAUGGAUUUUUAAAGUUCUCUCCAUUUUGCUCUUUGAUGGUUUUUAUUUUUGGUGUUUUUUUUUUUCCUUUUUUUGUUCCUGUAGUGUUUUUUUUGUUUAAAAGCUUCUUAAAAGGGCUUCAAUCAGAAUGUAACCCAGCAUAUCAUCUUCAGUACUAAUUCCUUCAGAAAUCUUUAAGUAUAUAUUAUAUAUAAAUAAUGUAUUGCUUAAAGUCA